AUAAGCCAUUUGUUUGCUCUUCUCGGAUAUCUUUUAACUCGGACUCUUCUCCAGGUAAUAUAUCUUGGGAAGCCUGAUGGACCUACCUGCCACACAGGGUUAGAAACUUGCUACUAUACAUCAGUUUCUGAUCUCCUAAGUGACAAACAGGUUGAAGGAAAUAGGUUGGCAUUGACAACUUUGUACUCGGUAGAGACUACAAUUUCCCAGCGGAAAAUGGAAUUAGCAGCGCCAGAAAGUGGAAAACCCUCUUGGACUAAAAGAUUAUUACUAGAUCCCAAUUUGCUUUGCUCAAAAAUUCGAGAAGAAGCAGAUGAGUUAUGUCGAACAAUGGAGGAGAAUGAGGAUAAGUCACAUACUGCCUCAGAGAUGACAGAUGUGCUGUAUCAUGCCAUGGUUCUGCUGGCACUCAAAGAUGUAAAAGCCAAGGAUGUCCUAGAAGUUCUCCGUACGAGAUUUUCACAGUCAGGCAUUGAGGAAAAGAGCAGUCGUACGUCACAAAGCUAGGCAUGGAGUGUAGCUGUCACCAGGGAAAUUAUCAUGAUAAUUUGGUAUGCUUUUUCAAGAAUAAUACUGCAUGAUCAUGAACAUCAUGCCAUAUCCUCGUUUUUUUUUUUUUUUUUUUNAUGU